CCGGUUGCUGUGCCAAGCUCCUCCGGUCUCCUCCAUUCACUGGAAAUACCUGUGCCUUUGAUAAUCAAUAGAUCGAUUGAUAUUAGACAAAGAGCCUAACGGUUUGCCGUUUUGUUUUGUGUCAUUGUUUUUAAAGAGGUAGACGGUUGAAUCAGCAGCCGCUAACUGCUGCCAGCCAUGGAGACGUCUGGCAACUCGCACAAGAAACAGAAGCUAGGCAACGCUACUGAAAACUGGGGAAUGCAACGUGCAACUAAUGUCACCUAUCAAGCUCAUCACGUCAGCCGAAACAAGCGUGGGCAGGUUGUGGGUACAAGAGGCGGGUUCAGGGGAUGCACCGUUUGGCUGAGUGGUCUGUCUGGUGCAGGGAAGACCACAGUGAGCAUGGCUCUGGAGGAGUACCUGGUGUGUCACGGUAUCCCUUGCUACACCCUGGAUGGGGAUAACAUCCGUCAGGGGCUUAACAAAAACCUAGGCUUCAGCCCAGAGGACCGUGAAGAGAACAUUAGACGCAUUGCUGAGGUGGCCCGGCUUUUUGCUGAUGCUGGUCUGGUCUGCAUUGCCAGCUUCAUCUCUCCCUACAGCAGGGAUCGCCUCAAUGCCAGGAAGAUCCAUGAGGCUGCAGGGCUGCCUUUUUUUGAGGUGUUUGUGGAUGCUCCACUGGAUGUCUGUGAGCAGAGGGACGUGAAGGGGCUGUACAAGAGAGCCAGAGCAGGGGAGAUAAGAGGUUUCACUGGGAUUGACUCAGAGUACGAGAAGCCAGAGGCCCCAGAGCUGGUGCUGAAGACUGACUCCUGCAGCGUGAACGAAUGCAUACAACAGCUUGUUGACCUGCUUCAGGAGAGGGAUAUAGUCCCUGUUGAUGCAUCUUAUGAAGUGAAAGAGCUGUACGUUCAGGAGAAUAAACUGGACCUGGCCAAGGCUGAUGCAGAGACUCUACCUGCUGUACAGAUUGGGAAGGUGGACAUGCAGUGGGUGCAGGUGCUGGCUGAAGGCUGGGCCACUCCUCUGAAUGGCUUCAUGAGAGAGAGAGAGUAUUUGCAAUGUCUCCAUUUUGACUGUCUCUUGGAUGGCGGCGUCAUCAACCUGUCGGUGCCUGUGGUGCUGCCAGUGUCCACUGCAGACAAAGACCGUUUAGAUGGCGUGACAGCUAUGGCCUUGGUCUACGAGGGCAGACGAGUGGCCAUCCUUCGUAACCCCGAGUUUUAUGAACACCGCAAAGAAGAGCGAUGUGCACGCCAGUGGGGCACCACAUGCAAGGACCACCCUUACAUCAAGAUGGUGAUGGAAAGUGGGGACUGGCUUGUCGGCGGAGACCUGCAGGUUCUGGAUAAGAUCUACUGGAACGACGAACUGGAUCAGUACCGACUGACACCCACUGAGCUCAAACAGAAGUUUAAAGAAAUGAAUGCAGAUGCUGUAUUUGCCUUCCAGCUCCGCAACCCAGUCCACAACGGCCAUGCUCUUCUGAUGCAGGACACCCACAAGCGUCUCAUUGAGCGAGGUUACCGUCGGCCCGUUCUGCUGCUCCACCCACUGGGAGGUUGGACCAAGGACGACGAUGUGCCGUUGCCUUGGCGGAUGAAGCAGCACGCCGCUGUGCUGGAGGAGGGCAUCCUGAAUCCAGACUCUACUAUCGUGGCUAUCUUCCCCUCACCCAUGAUGUACGCUGGGCCAACUGAGGUUCAGUGGCAUUGCAGAGCACGAAUGGUGGCCGGAGCCAACUUCUACAUUGUGGGCCGUGACCCUGCAGGCAUGCCACACCCUGACACAGGAAAGGACCUGUACGAGCCCACUCACGGCGCCAAGGUCCUCACCAUGGCUCCUGGCCUUAUCACCCUGGAGAUUGUACCAUUUAAGGUUGCCGCUUACAACAAGGUCAAAAGGGCAAUGGACUUUUAUGACCCCAAAAACCAUCAAGAUUACGAUUUCAUCUCAGGCACACGUAUGCGUAAAAUGGCUCGCGAGGGAGAGAAUCCUCCUGACGGCUUCAUGGCGCCAAAGGCUUGGGCCGUGCUGAAGGAGUACUAUAAGUCACUGGAGAAGGCUUAAAGGUUGCAUCUCAGAUCCAACAAUCAUGGUAACACAGAGAUGUCUAAGAGGAUUAAUGUGGGGACCACUCAUUUACUGUUAAAAACCACGCUCAGGCUUCUGUCUGUGUCACUUUCACGCACAAUUAUUAGUCAUGAAACUGGUGUCAGUUGAUUUCAUACUUAUCGCGUUAGUGUUAUAACUGUUUGUACUUUACUCAACUCACUCUGAUUGUGAAGAGAUAGGUACACUGUUGAACUGGUAUUUCAAGAGAAUGAACAAAAACACUCCUAAGUAGAUGUUUGUAUUUCUCACUAACUUUAUGACUGUAUAUUCAGAUGGUUACAAAAGUAUUGUGUAAAAAAUUAAAAGAUCAUGACUCGUGAUGACCUGUACAGAAAGUGCUGUUGACCAGUGCUUGAAAUAACGGGGAUGAAUGUUGAGUAGUCGUGACGUCUAAAUUUAAACAGUUACUGCACCUACAAGAGUUACUCACGACUGAAACCCAAACAAGUUACUUUUUACUGUAUGUGGCAGUGGCAAUUGCUCAAAAUUUGGUGUACACAAGUAUUUGAUGUGAAAGUUGAGUGCCUUGGUCUUCAGAAAAUGAAUUCACGUGAUGUCUUGUUUAAAUGAGGACACGCGCGCAAACACACACACACACCCACACACACACACACACACACACACACACACUUGCUUCUUGUCUCUCUUGUCUUUGUUACACUGAAACAGUCCAGUACUAUGGUUUGCAAAACAGAUCAGCAUUAGAGAUGUUUUUAUUGGAAUAUGCAACCCUAACCUUCCUGAACGUCUAGGAAACAUUUUUAACAUUUUUGUCUUAUUAAGUCUAUUUAUUCUGUCCUAACUUAACAUUUUCUCUUUUUAACUGUGUUGUGUAUGUAGUUUUCAGUGCUUUAAACUCUCAACAGGCUUGAUAUUUUGUUACGUUUUCAUCAUUUGUAUUUUUUUUUUCCUCUCUUGGGUUGCUAAUAUUUUCCAUGUGGUAAUUCAUUUUUAAGAGCUGGCCUGUAUAAUCAGAUGGGUGACGGUUACCAUCAAGGGAUCAGAUUUGUAAUCUUCCUUGUCCAAUAAAGCAUUUUUACCAAAAAAAAAAA